UCUCUCUCUCUCUCUCUCUCUCUCUCUCUCUCUCUCUCUCUUCCACUGAGUGAAUGCAGGUUUCUCUCAGAGUGUAAAUGUCCAGUGCAAGCAGCAGUUCGCUCUGUGAUGGAUCUAUAAUGGAUGUAUGAGGGCUGUACAAUGACUGUAUGAUGAUAGUGUGAUGGCUGUAUGACUGCUGUGUGAUAAAUAUGAUGUAGAUGUGAUGUAAAUGUUGUCCUGCACUGUGGGAUGUUGGUUCCCACUGUAAGGGAAAUCCUGCGCGUGGGCUGAAUGCACCGGAAUAUGGGCGUGAAUCAGACACGCGAGUUGCCGGUGUUUGAUCAAGAUGAAGACGUGAACUUUGAUCACUUCCAGAUUCUCAGGGCCAUUGGUAAAGGGAGUUUUGGUAAGGUGUGUAUUGUGCAGAAGCGUGACACAAGGAAGCUGUAUGCGAUGAAAUACAUGAACAAACACGCGUGUGUGGAGCGUGACGAGGUGAGGCACGUAUGCAGGGAGCUGCAGAUCCUGCAGGAGAUACAGCACCCAUUUCUUGUCAACCUGUGGUAUUCAUUCCAGGAUGAAGAGGACAUGUUUAUGGUCGUGGAUCUGUUACUGGGUGGAGAUCUGCGCUACCACUUGCAGCAGAAUGUCCAGUUUAAAGAGGAGACAGUAAAACUAUACAUCAGUGAGCUAGCAUUGGCACUCAGCUACCUACAGUCCUGCCACAUCAUCCACCGUGAUAUAAAACCAGAUAACAUUCUGCUGGAUGAGCACGGUCAUGUCCACAUCACAGACUUUAACGUUGCCACAUUACUAAAAGACUCGACAAGGGCUUCGUCUAUGGCAGGAACCAAACCGUACAUGGCCCCAGAGAUGUUCCAGUCAUUUGUGGAUGGUGGUCCUGGUUAUUCUUAUGCUGUGGACUGGUGGGCUUUGGGCAUCACAGCAUACGAGCUCUUACGAGGAUGGAGGCCGUAUGAUAUCCACUCCAGCACAGCCGUUGAGGACAUCAUGAGCAUGUUCCGCUGUGAACGUGUACGCUACUCAACCUCCUGGUCUAAUGGCAUGGUGAAUCUUCUGCGCUUGCUGCUCAGUAAAGACCCAGAUAUACGGCUGUCAUGUGUGUCGGACAUGCAGCGCGUUCCGUACCUGGCGGAUAUGAACUGGGAUGCUGUGCUGGAGAAAGGAGUUUCACCAGGAUUUACCCCCAACAGGGGACGUCUGAACUGUGACCCAGUAUUUGAGUUAGAAGAAAUGAUUCUGGAGUCGAAGCCGCUGCACAAAAAGAAAAAACGACUGGCCAAGGGCAAACGCACCAACAAAUCAUCCAGCACACUGCCACCCCACAUGCAGCAGCGUCUAGAAACUGUCAGAAAGGAGUUCAUCAUCUUCAAUAGAGACAAGUUACAGAAGCAGAGUGACGGUGCAAAGAAAAGAUCGUCACUAAAAAGAGAGGAAAAACUGCAGGAAGGACACAGCAACAACGACACCCACACUGUCAAAGCUAAAACGAAAACACACAAAGACUUGGCGAAAACACUGAGUCCAGAUUCACACUGAACAACUCCCUGACCUCUUUCUACAACACCAUCCUUGAUACACACCCACAGAACAGUACACAUGGCACAAAACCAGACCCUUUGCCUUAUUACAAUGACUGUAUAUGUCUGUUUUUAUUUAAAUAAAAAAAAAAAAAGGACUGAACCAUUGCUAUUCGGUAGCUUUAAACCGAAUAGCAUUAGCAACUAUUAAAAUUUAUUAGCAGUAGCACCAGUGCUAAGUCCUGCAUCAUUCCGUCUGAUUAUGCAGUUCAUGUUUCUGUUAUUGUCUAAAAGAUGUGUUUAUUGUAAAUUAUAAUAUGUAUGUAUAAUUGCAAUGGGUUUUUUUUUGUACGUUCUGAUGUUCACUUGUUUUUAAAAAAUCAAACCACUUGUCUAGAGGAAGUACCAUUUGAUUACUAACUGUUUUGAUUCAUUUUUUGCCUUCUGUAAACAACAGAAUACAGAUAGAAAACUGGGAAGAGAAUAAACAGGGAAAUGGCCAUCAGAAAUGAUCAUUGGUGCUAUCUGUGGCCAUAACCACA